GGCGGGGCCUAGGACGGGCUGCUCUGGAGGCCGCGAUUUCACAUCGGAAACAAAACAGCGGCGGCUUGGGAAGGAACAUCGGCUGCGAGCGGGUUGCGGCGGCCGGGAAGGAGAAGAUCUGAUACAGGAGCCUACAAGUGACAACAGCCUUCAAGGUCCUUAGACAGCUUGGCUUGGAGGAGAACACAUGAAAGAAAGAGCCCCAGGAAGCUUUGUUUUCUGUGAAAAAGUAUUUCUAUACAGUUGCUCCAAUGACAGAGUUACCUGCACCCUUGUCCUAUUUCCAGAAUGCACAGAUGUCUGAGGACAACCACCUGAGCAAUUCUGUACGUAGCCAGAAUGAUAAUCGAGAACGGCAGGAUCAUGGUGAUCGACGAAGACCUGGGAACCCUGAGCCAGUAUCUAAUGGCCGACCGCAGGGUAACUCACGGCAGGUGGUGGAGCAAGAUGAGGAAGAGGAUGAGGAGCUGACACUGAAAUACGGCGCCAAACAUGUCAUCAUGCUGUUUGUCCCUGUGACUCUCUGCAUGGUGGUGGUGGUGGCUACCAUCAAAUCUGUCAGCUUUUAUACUCGGAAAGAUGGACAGCUAAUCUAUACUCCAUUCACAGAAGACACCGAGACUGUGGGACAGAGAGCCCUGCACUCAAUUCUGAAUGCUGCCAUCAUGAUCAGUGUCAUUGUCGUCAUGACUAUCCUCUUGGUGGUUCUGUAUAAAUACAGGUGCUAUAAGGUCAUCCAUGCCUGGCUUAUCAUUUCAUCUCUAUUGUUGCUGUUCUUUUUUUCAUUCAUUUAUCUGGGGGAAGUGUUUAAAACCUAUAAUGUUGCUGUGGACUACAUUACAGUUGCACUCCUAAUCUGGAAUUUUGGUGUGGUGGGAAUGAUUUCCAUUCACUGGAAAGGUCCACUUCGACUGCAGCAGGCAUAUCUCAUUAUGAUCAGUGCCCUCAUGGCUCUGGUAUUUAUCAAGUACCUCCCUGAAUGGACUGCGUGGCUCAUCUUGGCUGUGAUUUCAGUAUAUGAUUUAGUGGCUGUUUUGUGCCCAAAAGGUCCACUUCGUAUGCUGGUUGAAACGGCUCAAGAGAGAAAUGAGACUCUCUUUCCAGCUCUUAUUUAUUCCUCAACAAUGAUGUGGUUGGUGAAUAUGGCUGAAGGAGACCCAGAAGCCCAAAGAAGAGUGUCCAAACAUUCCAAGUAUAACACACAAAGCACAGAAAGGGAGUCACAGGACAAUACUGCAGAUACUGAUGAUGGUGGCUUCAGCGAGGAGUGGGAAGCCCAGAGAGAUAGUCAUCUAGGGCCUCAUCGCUCUACCGCGGAGUCACGAGCUGCUGUCCAGGAACUGUCCAGCAGCAUCCUAGCCAGUGAAGAUCCAGAGGAAAGGGGAGUAAAACUUGGACUGGGAGAUUUCAUUUUCUACAGUGUUCUGGUUGGUAAAGCCUCAGCAACCGCCAGUGGAGACUGGAACACUACCAUAGCCUGUUUUGUAGCCAUAUUAAUUGGCCUGUGCCUUACGUUAUUACUCCUCGCCAUUUUCAAGAAAGCAUUGCCAGCUCUUCCCAUCUCCAUCACCUUUGGGCUUGUUUUUUACUUUGCCACAGAUUAUCUUGUACAGCCCUUUAUGGACCAGUUAGCAUUCCAUCAAUUUUAUAUCUAGCAUAUCUGCAAUUAGAAUCCCAUGGAUGUUUCUCCUUUGACUAUGAUAAAAUCUGGGGAGGACAAAGAUGACUUUCCUGUGUCCACAUCUAAUGAAGUCAAGAUUCCCAGCUGGACUUCCACAGCUUCCUUCCAAGUUUUCCUGACCACCUGCACUAUUGGACAUUGGAAGGAGGUACCUACAGAAAACGGUUUUUUAACAUUUUCAUUGUGGUGAACUGUGU